AAAGUAGGAGGCAGCGCAGCAUUCCUGACUUCUUAGCCGAUUAGACAGUCCGCUCCUAACAUCUUUAUCUUCUUUCCUCUAUAUCACCAGAUCGAUGCCAACUGAUUUAACCUCAUGAUGCUCCACUCCGCCAUCAGGAUGCUGUAUUUUGUGGCGUUUUCUCAUAUCUUGCUAUGUUUCCUGUCCCAUCCUGGUACCUGUAUAACUAUCAAUCAGCUGCUGCCCUAUGGACCAAAUCUAGGGGAUUUAGAGCUUCCCCUUGGGGAUGAUGUGUCAGAGCCCCUCACUCUCAGCCAGCCUCUCCGCUUCUAUGAUGACUCUGUAUCUACCCUAUACAUUUCUACUAAUGGAAUUAUUGCAACAAAUGAACCUACCAACGAAGAUGAAUAUCUUGAAACAUUCCCACCAAAUUUUGGGGUGAUUGCUCCAUUUUAUUCUGAUCUUGAUACAACAGAAAGUGGAAAUAUCUUUUAUCAAGAAAGCUCAUCCCAAGAGACUUUAGAUCUGGUAGCUAACCAUAUCUACAGAGCAUUUCCAGAAAGUAGUUUUAAUCCUACAUCUGCUGUAAUUGUUACAUGGGACGAUGUGGCACCUUACUUCACGCAAAGAGGAGACAGCAUUCCAGAAUACAAGAGAAAUACAUUUCAGGCUGCUCUAGCCUCUGAUGAUUCCAAGUCCUAUGCUAUUUUCUUAUAUCCAGAGGAUGGUCUUACCUUCUAUGGAACACAGUCCAAAAAGACCUAUGAUGAAGAAAUCUCAGCUCGAGUUGGAUUUAGCAAAGGCACACAAAAAUUUCUUUUCUGGACGAAAACAGGUCCACACAAUGAAUUUGCAAAUGAUAAACAGUCGGUGGAAAGCUUGCCAUGGAAUAGCAAUUCAGGGAUGCAGGGAGUCUGGGUUUAUGAAAUAGGGAGUCCAUCUACCACUACAUCCGUUGUGCCUGCUAAUGUUGGUGCUCCAGUCUCCCCUACCGAAACAGUAGAUCAUCAGUUUUCUGUCCAACCGGAACAACCAGGAGAAGAUGAUUAUUUACCCUAUCAGGUUCCUGAAAGCUUUCCAAUAAGUACUUUGAGUCCAGAUGAAUCGAAUCCUCAUCAGCAGUCAGAUGUCAUUGAAUUAGAUACCUACAGAUAUCAGAUACCCAAUACAAAUCAGGAAGUAGUGCAUGUGGAUGAAAACAUUGGUGAUACUGGAAUUGUAUUCCAGUAUAACACAGGCAGCCAGCAAACUUGUGCCAACAAUCGCCAUCAGUGCUCCGUUCAUGCAUUUUGUAGAGACUUUUCAUCCGGAUUUUGUUGUAGCUGUAAUUCUGGCUACUAUGGAAAUGGAAGACAAUGCGUGGCCGAAGGAACCGCUCAGCGUGUGAAUGGUAAAGUGAAAGGAAGGAUAUAUGUGGGCAGUAAUCCAGAUCCAGUAUCGUUUGACAAUAUCGACCUGCACUCCUAUGUUGUUGUUAAUGAUGGACGAGCGUACACAGCUAUCAGCACAAUUGCUGACUCUCUUGGUUACUCUUUGCUGCCACUUGUGCCAAUUGGCGGUGUUAUUGGUUGGAUGUUUGCACUGCAGCAACCAGGGUACAAGAAUGGAUUCAGCAUUACUGGUGGAGAAUUCACACGAACCACAGAGGUUACUUUCCUGCAAAGCAGCAAGAAACUGGUAAUCAAACAGCAGUUCAAUGGCGUUGAUGAACACGGCCACCUUACAAUCAGUACUGAACUUGACGGCAGUGUGCCUGAAAUUCCAUCUGGUUCCAUAGUUCACAUUGAACCUUACACUGAGCUUUACCAAACCGCCAGCAAUAUUAUAACAUCUGUAUCUACCAGGGAAUACACAAUAGAGGUCCCAGGUGGGGACUCGGAAACGUUCACCUAUCAGUGGAAACAGACCAUCUCUUUCCAGGAAUGCUCUCAUAAUCCAAAUGCCCCAGUUCUUCCUGCCAUACAGCAGCUUUCAGUGGACAGAGUAUUUGUUCUGUACAAUAAAAACGAGCAGAUCCUCAGAUAUGCUUCCAGCAACUCCAUCGGAUCAAUUAGUGAGGGCUCAGAGGAAUCAAAUCGGAACCCAUGUUAUAUUGGUACUCAUGGCUGCGAUACGAACGCCUUGUGUCGUCCAGGCCAAGGAAAUCAGUUUACAUGUGAAUGUUCACCUGGCUUCCGCGGAGAUGGAAGAGCAUGUUACGAUGUUGAUGAAUGCCAGGAACAACCAAACAUUUGUGGAAGCAACUCAUUGUGUAACAAUCACCCUGGGACAUUUCGAUGCGAAUGCAUUGAUGGAUACCAGUUUUUAGCAGACGGCAAGACAUGUGCAGCUGUGGACCUUCCUACAAACCACUGCUUAACUGGAACACACAACUGUGAUAUACCAGAGCGUGCGCGCUGCAUAUAUACAGGUGGCUCCUCAUACAUCUGUGCCUGCUUGUCAGGAUUUUCUGGAGAUGGACGGUCUUGUGAAGAUAUUGAUGAAUGCCAGACCAGCCACUGCCAUUCAGAUGCUGUGUGCCAUAAUACUCCAGGAUCUUUUGCAUGUGUUUGUAAACCGGGGUACCAUGGAAGUGGAGAAGAGUGCUUUCCUGGAGGGUCAGAGAAGACUAAAUGCCAGCUCCAUCAAGAAAGUGUCCUAGGCUCGGUCUCUCCAAGGGGUCCUCGGCCAGUGGGACUGUUUGUUCCACAAUGUGAUGAAAAUGGCAAUUUCAGCCCAAGACAGUGUCAUGUUAGCAGUGGAUAUUGCUGGUGUGUGGAUAGAGAUGGCAAUGAGCUAAAUGGAACCAGAACAGGCCCUGGAGUUAUCCCACCAUGUCUUGACUCAGUUACGCCUCCUCCUCCAGUUGGGCCAACUCCUAGACCAGAUGUUGUUCCUUUGCCAUCAGGAACACAUUUGCUCUUUGCCCAAAGUGGGAAGAUUGAACAUGUUCUGCUAGAGGGAAACAACAUGAAGAAAACAGAUGCCAAAGCUUUACUUCAUAUCCCAGAUAAAGUCAUCAUUGGAGUUGCGUAUGAUUGUGUUGACAAGAUGGUGUACUGGACAGACAUUAGUGGACCUUCCAUUAGCAGAGCUAGCCUAAGCGGUGGUGAACCAACAGCCAUUGUCAAAACAGAUCUUGGAAGCCCUGAAGGAAUAGCUGUUGACCAUCUGGGCCGUAAUGUUUUCUGGACUGACUCUGUGUUGAACAGAAUAGAAGUGGCUAAGCUAGAUGGAAGUAACCGUCGAGUAUUAUUCGAUACAGAACUUGAAAACCCAAGAGGAAUAGUUGCAGAUGCUGCUAAGGGAAAUCUGUAUUGGACUGACUGGAACAGAGUUGCCCCUAAGAUUGAGACUUCAUAUUUAGAUGGAACUAACCGGAGAAUUCUUGUAAAGGAUGACCUUGGACUUCCUAACGGGCUCACUAUCGAUCCUUAUUCUUCCAUGCUUUGUUGGGUUGAUGCAGGAACCAAGAGAAUGGAAUGUAUGAACCCAAGUCAGCCUGUCCGACGAAAGAUUGUUGAAGGCAUCCAGUAUCCCUUUGCUGUAACAAGUUAUGGGAAGAAUUUGUAUUACACAGAUUGGAAAAGAGAUGCAGUCGUAGCUGUUGAUCGCACUAUUUCCAGAGAAAAUGAUGAUUACCAGCCUCACAAACGUUCCCGUCUCUAUGGAAUUACAACGGCCUACUCCCAGUGUCCUCAAGGACAAAAUUACUGUGCUGUAAACAACGGAGGGUGCACUCACCUUUGUCUGGCAACUCCAGGUGGCCGAUCUUGUCUCUGCCCUGAAAAUACUAUUGGGGUAGAUUGUAUAGAAAGAUAUUAGGAGACAGACACUACUGCAAGUCCUUCAGACUUAUAUAAACUUUAUUAAGAGGGCUAAGCCCGGUGCCAUCUUACAUUAAAUUUGGGCCAGUUUUUUUUUUUUUUUUUUUUUUAACUUGCAUAUUUUUUUAAUUUACAUUAAAAAAAACAAUCACUGUAGCAAUAUUUUUUAUACAUUUUUUUAAACCAUGUAUUCAGCAUUUAAGCAUUUGUUGUUUUUCAUUGGAUUGGUAUUAUUCUAAUUGUUUUAAAAUAAAUAAAAUAACUAGUGUUAGAUCAGGGUGUAAAACUUAUUUUGCAGUAUUAAUUAAUGCAAACCUUUUAAUUAAUAAAACUUAUUUUGUCCCAUUCCUAAUACAUUAUAGACACAUGAUCUAAACUGCAAUAUAUAUAUGUGUGAAAUAUAUUACCCAAUAAGAAUAUCCAUAUCAACAUACACAUUUACCAAAAGUAACUGUUGCCGAACUGUACUUUUUCUGUCUUACCAGUGCUUGGGAUUUAAGCAAAAUGUGUAUAUAGGGGGUUCUUUUAUGUAUUAAAAGAAAAGCAUCAAAAAGGAAAACUAUAAAGAUAUGUAUUACCUCAUAAACAAAAGAAACUCACAUUACUUUUUGAUUUAAAACUACAAAAGUACCUACUCCUUACUCAACACUUACUGGCUUUAUGACAAUACGUGGACAGUAGAAAUGGAACAGUGAUCUGUUCUAUGACAAGGUAGAGCCGCUGCUUUGGGUAUGGGUGAUAUCAUUUGUCAUAUACUCAGUUGCACUGUGUUAUGUAGUAUGGGAAAAUAUUUAAUAUGUUUGUAAACAAAAGGAAAAAAAAAUAUUACAUUUUAUACAGUUUGAUGUAUAAGUAGUGUGUUUCUUCUUUCAGUGGCGAGGGUAUGAGUCCAGUGCGGCCAUCGAUAGUUUUCAAUACAUUGCCAUUUCAAUUUUAUACAAAUAUUUGGUUCAUUUUACUAUGACUGUUACAACUAUGCACAUCAUUUGGGUUGAAUGAUUUUCUUGUGUGGGGAGAUCAAUAAAAUUUUAGUUUAUAUCUUAAA